UCAGUCAGUUGUCCAAUCUUUUUCCUUCAUCUCUUACUUCUCUUGAAAUAAGUGGAUUUGAGAAAGUGGAAUCAGUUUCAAUGGGACUCCAACACCUCACCUCCCUCCAGCAUCUCUCCAUUAAGAACUGCCCAAAGAUGAUAGAUCUACCAGAAAUGUUGCUGCCUUCACUUUUGAGUUUGAGAAUAUCUAGAUGCCCAAAUCUGAAGGAAAGGAGUAGUAAAAGAGGCUCCUACUGGCCCCUCGUUUCACAUAUCCCCUGUAUCCACAUAUAUUAACAAGUUUAGACUUAAUUCUAAAGUCGGCAAUUCCUUCAUCGUCCUUCUGGAGAAAAAGAAAUUGGUUUUAUGCUUUCUCUUUCAGCGAUGAGUAAUUCACAAAAAUCAUAAAAAAAACGCUGAAGAUAUACUUUCGUUAACUGCUUCACGGACAAAAUUCAUAAAAAAAAAAUUUAGAAAAUUGGAUAUUAGUCGAUGCGUCAUAGAGGAGAAACGCCAUAAACAACAACUAGCCUCCAUCAGACCAUGGUGUUUGAAACUGAAGCAGCUGAUCAGGCUAUAGAACUGUAUAUAAAUGAAAAUGUUGACACAAACGAUUUUGUGGAAGCAACAUAUGAAUCAGAAGAAGUUAACGAUUUCGGUGUGAACAUUGAAAUUGACGAAAAUGAUGUUGAUGAUGAAAGGAUACUAGGAAAGGUUUUUGAAACACCCGACGAUGCCUAUACAUUUUAUAAUGAUUAUUCAUUUUUGCAUGGCUUUGGUAUACGUAGAGAUGACACAAUUAAAAAUCCUAAAACAAAUGAGCCUUUUCGGAAAAUAUAAGUAUACAACAAAGAAGGUUUCAAACGGAUGGACAAAAAUGAUUCAAGUGAAAAUGAGAAAAAAAUGUCGUAGAGAUGUUAGAGCCGGAUGUCAGGCAAAGCUUCGAAUAACAAGACAGGAGGAUGGAAAAUGGUUGGUGGACCCGUUUAAUGACACACACAAUCAUGACGUGACCAUGACACCUACGAAGGUGAUGAAGCAUCGAUCUCAUAGCAAUUUCCACCGUUCAAUAGAAGGUAAAUCUAUUAUGGUGCAGUUUGGUCAAGUAGGGUUGAAACCUUCUCAGAUUAAAAAGGCUGUUAAUACACUGAAAACCUCAAAUGUAGCUGAUGUAACAUCAAAGCAAUGUGCUGAUGUUUUAUCUGAGCAUCGAAAACAACAUAGAGAUAAGGAGUUUUAUGGACUUAUAAAACAUUUUCAAGAUAAAACAUUAGUUGACAGUGACCAGUAUUUUGUUGUGGAUUUGUCUGAUGAUGGGUAUCCUAGAAACAUCUUUUGGGCUGAUGGUAGAUCAAGAGACGCCUAUACAAAAUUUAGAGAUGUUGUUGUGUUUGAUGUCACUUAUAUGACUAACAAAUUCAAGAUGCCUUUUGCUCCCUUUACCGGAGUGAAUCAUCAUGGGCAGUCUAUACUUUUUGGUGGAGCAUUGCUUGAAAAUGAAAAGGAAGAAACAUUUGAAUGGUUAUUUGAACAUUUCCUCAAAUGUAUGUUUGACAAGUAUCCGAAGGCAAUUAUUACCGAUCAAGACAAAGCUAUGGGCAAUGCAAUAAGAAAAGUGUUUCGAAAUACUCAACAUCGCUUUUGUUCAUGGCAUAUUAGGAAGCAUGAAACUGAACACCUUCGAUCAUAUGUUUCCCGUUAUAGUGAUUUUCAAGAGACACAUAGACGAUGGGUAAAUAGUGACACCGUUGAACAAUUUGAAGCAACAUGGGAAAAUAUUCGAAUUAAGUAUGAACUGGAAAUCAAUUGUUGGCUUAGUGACAUGUAUAACCAACGUAUACAUUGGGCUAAACCCUUCUUGAAGGAUAUUUUCUUUGCUAGUAUGACCACAACCGGACGAAGUGAGAGUAUUAAUUCAUUUUUUGAUGGAUUUGUUAACUCGAGGACCAUGUUAAAUGAAUUUGUUGUACAAUACGACAAAGCAGUUGAGUCACGAAGGGCUGCCGAAGAAGAUGAAGACUUUAAGACUAUGAACUCGAGACCGGUUCUUUCUUCAGUGCAUCCAAUCGAAGCAAAAGCAGGUCAAAUUUAUACUAGAAAGAUGUUUGAUACUUUCAAAAAAGAAUGGACCGAAGCUAUUACCAAUUUGACUCACGAGACCAUAACAAAAACUACAGAAGAAAGCACAUAUAGAGUUGGCCAAUUGGAUGUUGAUAAUAAAUAUUGGCGUAUUGUUACCUUUUGUUCUUUAAAUCAAGUCAGCGUCACAUGUUCGUGUUCUAUGUAUGAGACAAAUGGGAUUUUAUGCAAGCAUAGCUUGUAUGUGAUGAAGAAGAAGCAUGUUCAAGAACUGCCGAGUCACUAUAUUUUACCGCGAUGGACCCUUGAUGCUAGGUACAAAUUGGGUAGUGUUAGUAUCGGACUCGAAGAAAUAAAUAAUGAAAAUGGAGUUAGUGCGUACACAUUAUUUUGUGUUCGUUCGAAUUUUACGAAACUAAUUGAACAAGCAAGGGACUCCCCUUCAGAGAUACAAAAACUUAAUAAGAUAUUGACAAGUCUUUUGAAUGAUCCAGCAAAUCGAAAAAAAUCUAUGUCCUUGGAGAAUACAUCUUAAAGUUCUUGUAUGGGAGUUUCGCAAGUAAAUAUGAUGCCACAGUUAUCUAUCCGUGAUCCUCUUGGUCCAGUUACUACAAAAGGGCGUCCUAAACUUGCAAGUAUAAUCAAGUCUUCUUUAGAAGCCCCUAAAAAACGAACAUGCUCUUAUUGUCAAGGAUUAGGUCAUUAUGCUACUAGUUGUUCAAAAAGAAAGGCGGAUGAAUCGUUGCAAGAGACAUAAUGAUGAUAUGUGUUGUUUCUAUGGGCAAAAGAAAAAGUAGAUGCUUCAUGACAUUUUUUUUUGGUUAACUGCACGUUUUUCAUGUUUUAGACACAAACAAUGUAUGAAUAUUGAUGCUUCUUGAGAAUUUUAAUGUUUUCGAAUGAAAUUUGUUGAUUUUUU